CUCAGUGAACGUUGUCACAACCUAAAUAGGAAUUUUUCAGAGAUCCUAGUGUUAAGAGCACGACUCAACGAUCCUAGCCGUGCUUUCCAGCCAAAUUUUGACAUAAGCGCCAGCUGAGGUUAGUGAAUAAAAUAAUUUAACAAAAUGGCAAAAGCACAGGACCAAGAGCUCAGAAAGGCUUUCACCGAGUUACAACAAAAAAUAAUUGAUACAACGCAAAAGUUGAGGCUAGCGGAUGUGCAGAUUGAAUCUCUAAAACGCACAAAACAGCAUGCCGAUCUUACGGUGAAGGAGGUAGCCUCACUUCCACCGAAUACUAAAACUUAUGAAAGCGUGGGCAGGAUGUUCCUACUCGACGAUGUCGCAACCAUAAAAGAAGGACUCGAAAAACGAAUGAAAAAUGCUGAUGAAAAGAUCAAAACUUUGGAAAACAACAAGUUAUUCUUGGAACAAAGUCUCAAAGAUAACACAAACAAUGUUAGGGAAAUGGUCCAGCAACGACAAAGCCACGAGUCUUCAGAUUAAUCUAAUGUUCACUCACCGAAUCUAAAGUAAAUUGGUCAACCUAGAACUUCUCUAAAUCAUGUUCAGCCUUUUUUUUUCAAUAAUCAAUUUAACUUAUAUCAGCAUACUUAAUUCAGCAUUUUCCAAUUAUAUAUUAUUUUUGAAGUUAAUGUAAUCUACAAGUGCAGAUUGUGCUUUCAUCCAAUGUAACUCACAGAAUAAAUUUCUCACGCAUUUUUAAAAUUAAA